ACAUUCAUUUCUUCAGUUGCUCAUCCUCACUCACCUUCACCGCUCAGCGGUUUCCGAUUCCCGGCAACCAUACGAUUUGCCGCAACCAGAAGACGGAAACUAGAAAACAUGCUUUCACUUCUCAAACGCGCCAAGCCUGCACUCUUCUACGCCACAACCAAACAAUUCACUACCAAAAUUUUCACUCCCUUAAUCCUCACCGGUCCGAGACUUCCCUUUUCUUCACCCUCGAGAAAAUCAGUAAAUGUCGGGUUUUGUUUUGUUCGCCAUGUAAGCGACGGAACCCCCACCGACUACGACCACAUUAGGGCUAAUGUUAACUGCCCUCGAUGCUCCUCUCAAAUGUCGAUACUCUUCUCUAACCGCCCGCUGUCAAUCACCGGCAGAGAAGCUGGUAUUUAUCAAGCGGUUAACUUUUGCCCUAAUUGCAAAACGGCUUUCUAUUUCAGGCCGUUUAAGUUGGAGCCUUUGCAGGGUAGCUUCAUUGAGCUUGGUAGGGUUAAGGGUUUUAACAACAGUAGUAGUGGUAACAGUAGUUGUAAGGAUUCCGUAGGGAUUGCUGAUAAAGAUUGUGAUACAAAUGGAAAGGUAGAGGAGGUUUCUGAUGAUAUGAGGUUAGAGAAAGAAUUGCCAACGCCUAAAGAGAUAUGUAAAGGGCUUGAUGAGUUUGUUAUUGGACAGGAUAAAGCUAAAAAGGUGCUUUCUGUGGCAGUCUACAAUCACUACAAACGGAUAUAUCAUUCUUCCCGGCAGAAAGAGUCAGGAGCGCACAUGGGUUUUAAUGAUAUCCAAAAUGAUGACAAUGAGUUCGUCGAGUUAGAAAAGAGCAAUGUGUUAUUGAUGGGCCCCACUGGCUCAGGGAAGACACUACUUGCAAAAUCACUAGCUCGCAUUGUGAAUGUACCAUUUGUAAUUGCCGAUGCAACAACACUAACACAGGCAGGUUAUGUUGGGGAAGAUGUGGAGUCAAUUUUGUACAAGCUACUUGGGGCAUCUGAAUUCAAUGUGGAAUCAGCACAGAGAGGAAUUGUCUACAUUGACGAAGUUGAUAAAAUAACUAAAAAGGCAGAGAGUUCCAAUAUUGGCAGAGAUGUAUCUGGAGAGGGUGUUCAACAGGCAUUACUAAAAAUGCUGGAAGGAACUGUAGUAAAUGUUCCUUUUCCUGAUAAAGGACAUCGGAAGCAUCAUCACGGUGAUGGAAUUCAGAUAGACACAAAAGAUAUCCUUUUCAUAUGUGGUGGGGCAUUUGUUGAUUUGGAGAAAACUAUUUCAGAAAGGCGACAAGAUGCUUCCAUUGGUUUUGGAGCACCAGUUCGUGCAAACAUGAGAACUGGUAGAAUGACUGAUGCUGUGGUGACGUCAUCAUUGUUGGAAUCUGUAGAAAGUGGUGACCUGGUUGCUUAUGGCCUGAUUCCUGAAUUUGUUGGACGUUUCCCAGUAUUAGUGAGCUUGUCAGCCUUGAAUGAGGAUCAAUUGGUUCAAGUCAUAAUGGAGCCAAAAAAUGCUCUUGGUAAACAGUACAAAAAGAUGUUCAAUAUGAAUAAUGUCAAACUACUUUUCACUGAUGGUGCAUUGAGAUUGAUUGCAAAGAAAGCAAUGGCAAAGAACACUGGUGCCCGAGGUUUGAGAGCUAUCUUAGAAAAUAUUCUCACAGAAGCUAUGUAUGAGAUUCCGGACAAGAAGACAGGAAACAAUUGUGUUAGUGCAGUUUUGGUUGAUGAAGAAGCUGUUGGAUCAGUAGAUGCACCUGGAUGCGGAGCAAAAAUUCUUCAUGAGGAUGGUGCAUUGGGGUGUAAGCUUCAUGAAAUAAAGUUGAAAGAAUCUAUGGAUAAUGGAGGGGUUGCACAGGAUGAGUUGUCGGAGGGUGAAGUAGAGUUUGAGUCAAGAGCUCUGUCCUUGUAACUUAUUUCAUAUUUGUGUAUAUUAGUAUCAUUUCAACGUUACGUGAAUACCUUACAUAAUAUGGAAAAUUUCACUUAUUCUGUUGCAA